CUCCCUCUUCGUGCCCACACACCGCCAUUGACAUCCACCCAAGAAAAAAUGAACACCACCUCCUCCGUCACUCCACCGUGCUCGCACCAGUCGAUUCUCCCUCUAACUCCAUAGUUGAAGCCUACCCAUUUCCGCCAUCGUCGCUAAUUGUUAGGUCGCUAGCACAAGGGGAAAAUGCCCUCAAAGCACCCUUCUUGGACGCUCGACUCCGACAUGGACGGCAUCGACCUUGACCCCUCCGACUUCGGCUGCUCCGUCGCCCUCAAGAGGGUCCCCAACGGCGACAUCUUCGAGGCCUCCCGCGCCGGCGACGUCGACCGCCUCAGCUACCUCCUCGAGACCGGCGUCAACGUCAACGCCCGCGACCGGUGGGACUCCGUGGCGCUUUACUACGCGUGCCUGGCGGGCCACCUGGACGCCGCGAGGAUGCUGCUCGAGAGUGGCGCGAUUUGCUCCGAGCACACGUUCGACGGCGACCGCUGCCACUACUCGGCGCUCAAUCUGAAGGUGAGGAAGCUGCUGAAGGCUUUCGAGGCCAGGCCGCCGCCGCUCGGACCGCUGCAGGGGGACUUGAGGGAGACGUUCUUGAAUUGCGAAGCGAAUCGAGCGUUCUUGGAGCAAUCGGAUAAUCUUUUUCCGGGAUCAGGUAUUGGUUCUACUGGGGCUUCGCAUUAUGACCAUUUUCCUCCGGAUGUAAUAUUUUUCAUACACGGUAGACCUAUUGAAGCACACAGAGUCAUCUUAAGUGCUCGGUCUCCCUUCUUCAAGAAAAAGUUUGAAUCAGAUUGGAAAGAUCGCAGAGAAGUUAGAUUUUCCAGGGAAAAGUUGUCAUAUCCCGCACUUUACAGCCUUAUUCACUUUUUCUACUCAGACAGACUAGAGAUAUCUGUAGAGGACAUGGAAGAUCUUGUUAGGAUCUGCAAGGUCUGCAAAUGUGAGUCGUUGGAAACAACUCUUGAGAAGGAAUUGAUCCACCAAAAGUAUGCGGAGUACAAGUCAUUGAGGGAUGCAGAUAACUCUCAAAAGCGAUUCAUCUUACAGGGUUUGUCCCUUCCAGAAGAGGAUCGCCUUCCUGCUGCCAUGAAUCGGAUUCUUCAGAUUUGUCUUGCCAAUUCUUCCUCGGUGAACAGCAUGCAGAACGGUGUUCAUAAUUUAGUUGCUUCUAUUGGUGCAUUGAAGAUAAAUGAUUUUGUAGACGAUCUUGCAGAUGUUUGUGUUAGAGUUGAUAAAAGGAUUUUUCGUUGCCAUCAGGUGGUUUUAGCAUCGAGGUCAGAAUAUUUUAGAGCAAGAUUAUCCCAUAUGAGGGAUUUACAGGAUGAGAAAGAUAUGUUGCCUGCAGCUACACUUCCAUGUCUUGAAGAACGUGACUUAAGCAUGGAAAUUUUUGAGAAAAUGAUUGAAUAUAUGUACACGGACAGUUUAAAGGAAGUAGAUCCAGAUGAGGCAGAAGAAAUGUUGGAUGCUGCUUCUAGAUAUCUAUUGUUCCCUCUGAAGCGUGCUGUGGCUGAUGUAUUGCUGCCGCAACUGGAAAUGGCCUCGCCAGCUGAAUUGUGCCAUUGGUUGAUACUAUCAGACAUGUACGGAGUUUUGAAGAUGCGGGAGUAUUGUCUAGAUACAAUGGCUUGUAACUUCGAGACAUUUGCUGACACUCGCGAGUUCCGAGCAAUGUUAUUGACUUUGCCACCUCCCUCUGGGGAUUCUUCGCUUCGAACCACGGUUCCAAGUGCUCCUGGAGCAGUGGCAAGUAUUGAUCAAGGCAAUCUGCUAGAUGACCUACGCGAGAAGUGGCUUGAAGCUGAAGCUGCUGAACUAGACAAGAGAGAUGAGAGUGCAUUGCUUUUUGAUAAGCGCCUUGAAAUGCUCAUGCUUGUGGCUGAACAAGAAAAGUCCGAAACAUCAAGCAACGAUGAUGAUGGCUGCGUUGCAUAAUGAAGUCCUCCUUUCUCCUCAAACAUUAAACAGAGAGAAAACUGAAAUGGAGAUUGUAAUCAUUUUUUCUUUCAUUCAAAUAAAGGGCAUUGGAUAGUGUGGAAAUUUUUU